GGCGGAAUCUCCUUGUCACUACCGCAAAUGCAAAGAAUUUGAUUUCUAACGGAUCAUAUCACUGAAAGCAGCUGAAAGCGAGUGUUGUUUGGAGAUGAGCAAUGGCCUUGCUGAACUGUCCUAAAACAGGGUCGAAACUCAAAACGUUUCACUGCGCCUCACUUUGAUUUUGCGGCAGAAUUCAACAGGAAAUCGAACUGACAACUCCUGAGACGAAAUUUCGUAACUCGGUUUAAAUAACGCGGCAGAACACCGCAGACAGUUUAGUUUUUGUGCGACAGCAUUGUGAGGACUUUCACAUAAUAUGAGGCAGUAUUUGAGGAUAAGCCCCUUUGUAUUCAGAACCCAGACAUGUUUUCUUAUCUUUGCCGUCGUCUUCAGUUGCGUUAUACCCUCAGGACAACAGGAGGUGGAAGAUCCUCACUCCUUUACAACAUUACUUCACGUUUUAGAAGAUGACGAUAUACGAGAGAGAAGGGCUCUCAAGUUCGAGCAAGAUGAUGUUUUGGACGAUGGCAGUGCAGUACUACCUAACGGAACAGAUUUACCUGUGAUAGUGGAGAGUGAAAUAAAGAAAUUUGUGGUAAAAAAAGUCAGCAAAGUUUCUGUAGACGUUGGUUCCACCGUGUGGGCAGUAAGAGGGACUGAAAUAACCGUGUCUUGCAGAGCAAGCUCCACUUUUGACUCUCCUAAGAUUGAGUGGUUAAGACGCCGGCUAUUGAUUACAGACAGAUUCCGAGGGGGUGUGGCAGCUAUAGAUGGUACUUUAAAAAUUCGUAGAUUGACUCGGUUUAACGAAGAUACCUAUACAUGUAAAGCUUCAAACGAUGCAGGAGAAACGAAAGCCUUGUUCACCGCCAAGAUAAUCGAUCCUUCUUUACCUACAAUAAUUACAGCAGAAGGCGAUGUCUCGUUCGGACCUAAUACUAAAGAAGCAGAGAUCACCAUAGGAACUGACGUCACGGUUUAUCAAGGAGCGAAACUUAUUAUCCGUUGUCCUGCAGAAGCAACAAUUCCUGUAGUAGUUUACUGGACAGCCCGGGGUCGUUCAGCGGAGAUUGGCAAGGCUGUAAAAGUUGGCCAGGAUCUUGUGAUCACAGGCAUUGACCAGAGAUAUGCUUUGGAAUACAAAUGCAAUGCCAGAUCCAGCAGAGGAAGAACCCACGCAACCUCGACCGUUACCGUUAUAGCUUUGAACCCUCCCAAGAUUCAAGCAGGAACAAAAAAUUUACGAGUCAUCGAAGAAGAAAACAAAGAGGUCGAAAUAUACGUUGGAACCAAAUUAACCGUCAUCUCUGAGACCCAAGUGACAGUGCGCUGUGUUUCCGAAAUGGAGCCAUCCCCCGCCAUAAGCUGGAAAAUUCGUGGAAAAAACUCCGGUUUCAAGAAUGGCGUAACUCUUAGCAAAGAUAACUCUACUCUUACCAUCAGUUAUCCUGGAGUUGAGGACUCAGGAGAUUACACGUGCACGGCUAGCAAUAAUAUUGGACAGGAUUCCAAGUCUUCAAAAAUUGAUAUUUUACCUCCCGAGCCUCCAACUAUACGUUACUCUGACCGGAAAAUAACCUCCCUUGGUCCUAACGAGGUCAUUGAAGCCACAAUUGGUGACGAACUGACCUUACUUGCUGGUGCAAGUAUAGUUAUCACCUGCCCCACAUCUGGACUUCCUACUCCAACCGUACAAUGGAAGAAAGAUGACAAAGACCUGGCAGAGUUUGGUAGAACCCUGAAGAUAAAUAAAGUCACUACAAUGGACACUGGAACCUUUACUUGUGAGGCGUUGAACAGAGCUGGUCGAAUCAGUCGAAUCAGCGAGUUAACAGUGAUUGCGUCCGAAAAACCCCAGAUUGAAAAAUCGACGGGGCAGGUUACUGCUAUUGCUAUCGAGGAAGCAGUUGUUAAGAUUGGGCAGAAUUUGCGAGUUGUGGAGGGGUUGAUAGUUCGUGUUGUGUGUCCAGUCCGCGGAUUCCCGACUCCUGAAGUUUCGUGGUUUCUAAACGAGCGGAUGCUGAAAACUUCAGGACGAUUUCUGAUUGACAGUCGGUCUAGCUCUUUAAUUGUGAACGGUAUACAGGCUCGGGAUGCUGGCGAGAUUUCUUGUAUGGCUGAAAGCAGCGCAGGACAAGACAGAGCAUCCACUUUUGUCAGGAUCAUAGGUAAAAGUGGUGCCCAAAUUCAGUCUGGAAAUAAUUCCGUGAAGUCCAUUAAAGGUCCAAGGGAGGUAAGCAUUCAGAUUGGUGACAGUUUACAAGUGUUAUCAGGCUCAGAUGUGUCUAUAGACUGCCUGGCCAGUGGAACCCCUUCUCCAGUGAUAAAUUGGCGCUGGAAUGGACGCCAAGUGUCUUCAAUAGGACGAUUUGUUAUUAAAGACAUAGUUGGAGGGUCUCGCCUCAUUGUGAGAAAGCUGACACCAGGGAGUGCUGGACAGUAUCAAUGCAUUGCUGUAAACGUCGGUGGUUCAGACAGAGUCGGAUCAACUUUAACUGUAAUAGAGGCUUUAAUUCCGAAAAUUGAGGUUUCCUCCACCUCUGUCGAACAAAUCAUCGACUUGAGCCUGGUCUCCAUUACAAUUGGAACACGUGUUACAAUUCUGCCUGGUGCACCACUUGUGAUAACGUGCCGUGCGUUUGCAAUACCUGAACCUACGAUCAGUUGGCAGAGAAAAGGCAAAAAGAUCACUUCAUCCAAAAGGCUCUUUAUGAACAGCACAACUCUUGUCAUUCGCCGUACUCAGCGAGACGAUAGUGGUUCUUUCACUUGCCUUGCCCAAAACACGAUUGGAAAGGAUUCAGCUUCUUCGAAGCUUGAUUUUAUAGAGCCAAUAAGCCCAAGAAUCACGCCGACUGGUAAAGAUUUAAAGAUAGAACAACUUGUGAGACUGUCAGAGGCUGUAGGAGGAAGUAUACUCUGUAGAGAUGGCAUUGAUUUGGAGUUGACCUGCUCUGUGCAGGGAUUACCCACACCAAAGAUAACUUGGUUGCGUGGGAGUAAGAAAAUUGGCACAGGUAGAAAGUUGAGCCUUGGAAUUCUGAAGGAGGAAAGCUCUGGAAAUUACACCUGUUUGGCAACAAACAUUGCAGGGGAUGCGAGAGAAACAACUCGGCUGACUGUCAAAUCAUCAAUUGCACCCGUGAUUGAAUCAGAAGAUAGAAUUUUAAAAUCGUUUGAGGAAGGCGUGUCUCUUACGGUGACCAUUGGAACGAGGUUACAAGUAAUACAAGGCACCAGAAUUGAUCUUAUCUGCCGUGUUAUGGGAUUCCCAACUCCUCGCGUAAAUUGGGUCAAAGGAAAUGUGCGUCUUGACCCACGCUUUGAAGCUCAGGGAAUAUCUAUCAUUCCUUAUGACGGUAAAGUCAGCACACUUCUCAUCAGGGGAUCACAACCGGCUCAAGAAGAUGAGGUCUACGGCUGCACUGCAUAUAAUGUGGGAGGAUCUGUCACGGCCUUCUCUUACGUCACAUUUUAUGAGCGUGUUCUACCUUCUAUAAAAUCCACCUGGGUUACUGGUUCAGUCGGCGAUAAAGUGUCGCUGGAAUCCAGGAACCCUAUCAAGUUGGUAAUCGGAGAUAGUUUGCGGGCGUUCACCAAAACGAAGGUGAUAGUUGAGUGUCCAGUGUUUGCCAUACCAUUGGCAGAUGUGGAGUGGACCAAAGACGGAGGAUCUUUACCUAGUAAACACAAAGUGAAUGGUACCAAUUUGGUGCUCAGUGAGGACAGUGAGACAUCCGAUUCGGGACGUUAUCGAUGUGUGGCUACGAACCUCCUCGGAAAAGACGCCUCUUAUUCCGAUAUAACCCUUACUGAGCCUACUGCACCAAGCAUCAUAACAAGUGAAUUAUCUUUAGAACUGUCAAAUGCAGUUAACUACAGAGCAACCAUUGGUACCAAUAUAACCACUGUGCUUGGCAAUAACAUCACGUUUGUUUGCGUAGCGCAAGGUGUCCCCAGUCCCACUUUCUCUUGGUGGAAAGGCGAACUUGAUCUAAAUAACACUCAGACUUCGCACGUUGUAUCUGCUAGUGACACAAACGCAACUGGGGUGUAUUCCUGUAGGGCGACCAAUCUGGCAGGCUCCAUAACAACCAGCUCGGUUGUUGCUGUCCUUGAUCGCAUAGCACCAGAGAGGGCAACAGUGCCCCGCAUCAUAACUACACGAGAAAACAAGGAGGAAUUCGGAAAUCAGAGAACAGUUGAACACCUUGUUGGAGGAAAUGUGACCAUUUUAGAAGGAAGAAACCUUUUGCUAAGAUGCCCGGCCGAGGGAUUACCACAGCCAUCCACCUCUUGGCUUUUUAAUGGUAUUCCUGUGGUAGUCAGUGAUACUCUUCAGAUUGAUCAAGACACAGGGGAUUUGAAAAUUAUUGAGAUGAGCCAAAAUGACGUUGGAGAGUACUCCUGUGUGGCUACCAAUAUUGCAGGAGAAGCUGUAGAAUCAUCUUACACGACGGUUCUUGAGCCAACUUUCCCAAAAAUCGACUCGUCGAACAUUUCAGUGGAAAUGUUUGAUCCUACCCGUCAGCCAAUAACUGUAAAGAUUGGGAGUAAAGUGACAACAUUGACUGGAACUCCCGUCAUCAUUACCUGUGACGUCUCUGGAUUUCCCGACCCCAAGGUUGCUUGGGUCAAAGGGCACAACCCCAUUACGAGCUCAGACACGGAACGCUUGUUUGUAAGUGAAAACAGAAUAAGCUUGUUAUCAUCCGGUGUGUCUGACUCGGGUCUAUACAUGUGCACAGCCUCAAGCCCCGGCGGACAAGCAGCUGCAGUCUCCAAUAUUACGUUCGUUGAAUCUGUAAAGCCAAGAAUUCUUUUCGCGACAAGAGAACGGGAGCUACUUGAUCGUGUCUCACUGAAAAUUUCGAUUGGAGAAAAGUUAACGGUCCUCGAUAAGAGUAAUAUAACAAUGGAGUGUGUUGCCACGGGGGCACCCAGACCAACGCUGACCUGGAGCAAAGAUAACAUAAAACUGAGAAAUUCUCAAUCUAGUCUCCUGCUACUGCAGAAUGUUGACAUGGAGGAUGCAGGCCGUUACACUUGCACAGCGGAAAAUUUCUUAGGCUUUGUAAGCUAUUCAACAGUGCUGUCUGUGAGAGCUGGUGAAAAGCCAUUAAUCAGGUCGAAGGGUCGUGUGGUGGUCGUCGAUGAUAAGAUCACUGCCAUAACACUUGAGGUUGGUAGUAAUCUUACUUUGGUUGCUGGCUCAACUGUAACUGUGGCAUGUGAAGUGCAAGGAGAACCUAAGCCUGCCAUUAAAUGGUACCAGAAUGGAAACCAUAUUCUUAGCAAUGUAAACAAGACUUCGUUGAGCGUGGGCGACCCUGUUCGAGUCAAUUUGCAAAGUGUUACAUGUACUAGUAACAACAUUUUAGGGACAGCCUCAAAAUCGAGCCACUUUACAAUACUUGAGCCUUCCAAACCGCAAAUUAUGGUAAACGAGGAGAAGAAAGUUGUCGAAGCACAGAACCGAAAUUCCCUGGUAGUAAUCAUCGGUGAUGAUCUGAUAGCCCUCACCAAGACAAACAUUACCAUUACUUGUCCAACUAGCGGGAUACCAAGGCCGAGUAUCACCUGGACAAAAGAUGGAAGAAUACUGCGUAAUACUGGCAGGUAUCAAGUUCAGAGAGAUGGGUCGCUGCUGUUUCAUAAAGCUGAUGAACGGGAUGGUGCAAGAUACACAUGUAAUGCUGUUGGCGUUGAUGGGCAAGACAGCGCAUCCAGCAUAGUGCAAGUUGUUGAGCCGGCAGAACCUCGCAUCCAGGUUCCCAAACGAGGACAAGAGAUCCCUAUUGAUGAUGUUAGUGUAGUAACUAUGAACAUUGGUGAUAACGUGACAGCAGCUUCAAACGCUACCAUCACUAUAAGGUGUCCAGUUAGUGGAACACCAACACCAACUGUUACCUGGCAGAGAGAUGGCGUAAAUAUUAUUGGAGAUGAUUUGAUUUCUAUCGCAGAUGAUAACAGUCUGAUAAUGAAACAACCGAUAGUACAAGACAGUGCUACAUACACCUGCAGUGCUGAAAGCGAGUUUGGGAAAGAUGAAGUAUCUUCUAGAGUACGAAUAAUAGAGCUUGUCAGACCAAAGAUCGACGUUCCACAUAAGCCACAAAUGAAAGAAGCUCAAGACCGAAGUCCUUUCAUUUUGAAUAUUGGGGAUAAUGCGACAGCACUCACCAAAACAUCGAUCGUCAUUCUAUGUCAAGCCAGUGGUGUGCCAACACCUACUAUCACAUGGACGAAAGAUGGACAGAAAUUAUCUCAUUACGUGGGAAGCGGGUCAAUGGUUCAAAAUGACGGUUCCCUACGGAUUGUAUACUCAACUGAGUUUGACAGCGGUGAAUACAGGUGUACUGCAACAAACAUAGUGGGUGGAGAGGCUAUGAAGAGCACGGUUCGGAUAGUGGAACCAAGAAAACCAGUGAUUUAUGUACCCAAAACUGGUGAAGACAUUCCAGUGGGUAAUGGCAGCCCUGUGCUGUUGGACGUUGGUGAUAACGUAACAGCAGCUUCAAACACAACCAUCACUCUCAGGUGUCCAGUUAGUGGUAUACCAACACCAAGUGUUACCUGGAAGAAAAACGAAGUAGAAAUUGAAGAGGGAAGAAAGACAAACAUCGCUGUAGAUAACUCUCUUGUGCUUCAAUCAGCAGAAGUACAAGACAGUGCAAAGUACACAUGUAGUGCACAGAACAAGUUUGGGCAGGAUGCUGUUUCCUCUGUUGUCAGCAUAGUUGGGCACUCCAAGCCCGUGAUAAGGAUUUCUGUUGCUCAAAAGGUCAUAGAAGCUCAAGACCGAAGUCCCAUUAUCUUGACCAUUGGCGAUAACGUGACAGCUCUUACUGAUUCAAGCGUCACUUUACUGUGUCAUGUCAGUGGUGUACCAAAGCCAAGUGUCACGUGGACUAAAUCUGGUCAGGUAAUAGCUACAGGAGGAAGAUACACAGUUCGAAAUACCGGCGAGUUACUGAUUGUUGGAGUAAGGGAGGACGAUGAGGCUCAAUACAAGUGUAUUGCCGUGAACGUUGCUGGCCAGGAUAGUGAAAUCAGCUACAUAUAUAUUGUUGAACCAAUUAAACCAAUUAUCGAAGUCCCAGAGACCAGGAAAGAAAUUCCCCUUGGUGAUGGCAGUCCAGUGACCAUGGACAUUGGGGAUAACGGGACAGCAGCUUCAAACACUAGUAUCACCAUUUGGUGUCCAGUUAGUGGAACACCAACACCAGUUGUUAUAUGGCAUAAGGAUGGAGCCCAAGUAAUUUCAAGAGAAAGAAUUAACAUUGUCAAUGGAAACACUCUUAUUAUCAGCGGAGCAGAACUACAAGAUAGUGCAGAGUACACUUGCAAAGUUCAAAACUCCUUUGGGGAGGAUGACGCUUCCUCUGUUGUUAGAAUUAUUGAACCUUCAAAGCCUGUCAUUAGGAUUGCAAGCGAGCUAAAGAUGGUUGAGGCGAAGGAUAGAAGCCCUAUCGUUUUGGAGAUUGGUAAUAACGUGACAGCACUUACCAACACAAGUAUUACCAUUAAUUGUCACGCAAGUGGUGUACCAACACCAACAGUCACUUGGACAAAAGAUGGUCUCAGAAUACCAAGUAACGAAAUGUACAUGGUUCAGGCUGAUGACUCGUUACUAAUUCGUAAGCUAUACGAAGUAGGCACUACUCGAUACACCUGUAGUGCAAAAAGUAUAACUGGUGAAGUCAACAUAUCAAGCGCGAUACUCAUAGCUGAACCAUCCAAACCGAUAAUUGAAGUCUCUGAAGAUGGGCAAAACAUUCCAAUUGGUGAUGGCAGUCCAGUAACCAUGAACAUUGGUGACAACUUGUCAGCAGUAUCAAACACUACCAUUACCAUUAGGUGUCCAGUAAGUGGAGUACCAACACCAAUUGUAACCUGGUUGAAAGAAGGAGCUCCUGUUAUUGAAGGAAGGGAUGUUUUCACCACAGCUGGCAAAUCUCUAGUAAUAACAAGAGCAGACUCGGACGACAAUGGAAGAUACUCUUGCGCAGCCUCAAAUGUUGCCGGAGUAGAUAACUCUUCCUCUGAAAUCAUUAUUAUAGGCCCCGCUAAACCAAAAGUAAGGAUCCCUGCAAAACCAACAACGGUCGAACUUCAGGACCAAAAGCCAGUUACUAUCAGAAUUGGUGAUAAUGUGACAGCACUUAUCAAUACUAGCAUAACAAUUCAGUGUCACACCAGUGGUGUACCAACACCAACUGUUACGUGGACAAACAACGGGCAGAAGAUCUUCAAUGGGUACAUAUAUACACUUGGAACUGACAAUUCACUGCUGAUCAAGAAUACUAAAGACACAGGAAUGGCCCGAUACACGUGCACCGCAGUUAGUAUAAUUGGCAAAGACAGUGCAUCGAGCUUGGUGCAAAUUGUAGGUCUUUCCAAACCAAAAGUUGUCGUUCCUGCAAAACCACAAGCUAUAGAACCCCACGACAGAAAUCCUAUCACUUUUUCCGUUGGCAAUAACGUGACAGCGCUUACCAACACAAGAAUUGCCAUUCAAUGUCAUGCUAAUGGUGUCCCAACACCAACUAUCACUUGGUCAAAAGAUAAUCAGAAAAUCAAGAGUGAGGAUGGAAACCAAGUACAACAGGAAGAUGGUUCAUUAUUGAUCAAAGUAGUCAGAAAGGUUGAUACUGCUUGGUACACGUGCACUGCGAUCAACGCUGCUGGCCAAGACAGUGCAUCAAGCACGGUGGAAGUUGUUGAACCUGUCAAACCUCUGAUUAUAGUUCCUGAAACCGGACAAGUGAUUCCUGUCGGGGAUGGCAGCCCAGUUGUGAUGAACGUUGGUGAUAACGUGACGGCAGCCUCAAACACAACCAUCACCAUCCGGUGUCCAAUUAGUGGAGUACCAGCACCAAUUGUCACUUGGCUCAAGGAUGACGUACCAAUUGUCGAAGGAGAGACGUUUCCCAUCACGAGCGAUUACCGUUUGGUCCUUAAAGGCUUAGAAGCCGAGCACAUUGCCAAAUAUACAUGUAUCGCAGAAAGCGAGUUUGGCACGGAUGAAACUUCUUCAAUUGUUCGGAUAAUAGAACGUUCACAGCCUGCCAUUAGGAUUCCAAGUGAGCCAAAGAUGGUUGAAGCAAAGGACAGAAGCCCCAUACUUUUGGAGAUUGGUUAUAACGUGACAGCACUUACCAACACAAGCAUUACCAUUAAUUGUCACGCAAACGGUGUACCAGCGCCAACAGUCACUUGGACAAAAGACGGUCUCAGAAUCACAAGUAGCGAAAUGUACUUGGUUCAGGCUGAUAACUCGUUACUAAUUCGUGAGCUUCACAAAGUAGGCACCGCCCGAUACACCUGCACUGCAAAAAGUAUAACUGGUGAAGUCAGCGCAUCAAGCACGAUUCUUAUUGUUGAACCAUUAAAUCCAAUAAUCGAAGUCUCUGAAGAUGGGCAAAACAUUCCAAUUCGUGAUGGUAGUCCAGUAACCAUGAACGUCGGUGACAACUUGACAGCCGCAUCAAACACAACCAUCACUAUCAGGUGUCCAGUUAGUGGAGUACCAACUCCAACUGUAACCUGGUUGAAAGAAGGAGCUCCUAUUAUUGAGGGUCGGGAUGUUUUCACCACAGAUGACAAAUCCCUAGUAAUAACGAGACCAGACUCGGACGACAAUGGACGAUACACUUGUAGAGCGGUAAAUGUUGCCGGAAUGGAAAGUUCUUCAUCUGAAAUCUCCAUAAUAGGCCCCUCUAAACCAAAAGUAAAGAUUCCUCCAAAACCAAAAACAGUGGAACUUCAGGACCAAAAGCCAAUUACUAUCAGGAUUGGUGAUAAUGUGACAGCACUUACCAAUACUAACAUUACAAUUCAGUGUCACGCCAGUGGUAUACCAACACCGUCUGUUACGUGGACAAAAGACGGGCAGAAAAUCUUCAAUGGGGACAUACAUACAAUUGGAACCGAUAACUCUCUGCUGAUCAAGAACACUAAAGACACAGGCAGGGCCCGAUACACGUGUAGCGCAGCUAGUGUAAUCGGUAAAGACAGUGCAUCAAGUACAGUGCAGAUUGUAGGUCUUUCCGAACCAAAGGUAGACGUUCCAGCAAAACCGAAAACUAUAGAAAGUCACGACAGAAAUCCCGUCACUUUUAGCGUUGGUAAUAACGUGACAGCGCUUGCCAACACAAGUAUUGUCAUUCAGUGUCACGCUAGUGGUGCUCCAACACCAACCCUCACUUGGUCAAAAGAUAAUCAGGAAAUCAAGAGUGAAGAUGGAGGAUACACAGUAAAGGAGGAUGGUUCACUAUUUAUCAAAGUGGCUGAAGAGGUGGAUAUCUCCCGGUACACGUGCACUGCUACCAAUGUUGCCGGCCAAGACAGUGCAUCAAGCACGAUGGAAGUUGUUAAACCAGUCAAGCCCACAGUUACAGUUCCCGAGACUGGACAAGUGAUUCCUGUCGGUGAUGGCAGCCCAGUGACGAUGAACGUUGGGGAUAACGUGACAGCAGCUUCAAGCACAACCAUCACCAUCAGGUGUCCAGUUAGUGGAAUACCAACGCCAACUGUUACGUGGGAGAAGAAUGGAUUGGAAGUUUCUUUAGAAGAUAAACUUUUGAUGACAAGUGAUAACAGUCUGGUUAUUAAAGAACCAACAGUAGACGAUAGCGCCAAGUACACAUGUAGGGUAAAAAGUGAAUUUGGGACAGACGAACGCUAUUCCUCUAUAAGAAUAUUAGAGCCUAUCAAGCCGCAAAUUAAUAUUCGUGGUGACCCAAAAUCUGUAGACGCUAAAAAUCGAAAUCCCAUCACUGUAAACAUUGGUGAUAACGUGACAGCUCUUACCAAUACAAGGAUCUUAAUUCACUGUGACGCAAGCGGUGUACCAACACCAGCCAUAACGUGGACAAAAGAUGGGCAGACAACUUUUAGUGACCAACACUACAAAGUUUUGGAUGAAGGCUCAUUGCUGAUCAUUCAGGGUGUUGAAGAAAGCGCUAAUCGAUACACGUGCACUGCAAACAGCACAUCAGGUCAAGACAGCGCGUCAAGCAUGGUGGGGAUUUUUGUGCCAACCAAGCCGGUAUUCGACGUCCCUGAAACUAGACGAGAGAUUCCAAUGGGUGAUGGCAGCCCUGUGGUGAUAAACGUUGGCGAUAACGUAACAGCGGCUUCAAAUACAACAAUCACCAUCAGGUGUCCAGUUAGUGGAAUACCAACACCAACUGUUACGUGGGAGAAAAAUGGAGUCUUAAUUUUUAGCGAAGAAGAUAUAUCUGUGCAGAAGGGAAACUCACUGGUUCUUAGAGGAGCAGAAGUAGGAGAAAGCGGAAAAUACACUUGUAGAGUUUUAAGUUUAGCUGGAAUGGAUAAAUUGUCUUCAGAGGUGACAAUUGUAGGUCAUUCUAAGCCGAAAAUUAAAAUUUCUGAUGAACCGACGACAGCAGAAUCUCAAGAUAGAAACCCUCUCAUGAUAAUUAUUGGUGAUAACGUAACCGCACUUACCAACACAAAUAUCACCAUUCAGUGUAACGCUAGUGGUGUACCAACACCAACUGUCACGUGGACUAAAGAUAGUUACAGUAUUUCCGGUGGAGAGAGGUACAAAAUUCAGGGUGAUGGGUCGCUGCUAAUCACUAAAACGUCAAAGAAAUACAUUGCACGGUACAACUGUAUAGCAGAAAGUGUUGCUGGUAAAGACAGCGCCUCAAGCACUCUGCAGAUUAUUGAACCAACCAAACCCGUAAUCAAUGUUCAUGACGUCGGACGAGACAUUCCAAUGGGUGAUGGCAGUCCAGUGACUAUGAACGUUGGUGAUAACGUGACAGCAGCUUCAAACACUACCAUCACCAUCAGGUGUCCAGUCAGAGGAGUACCAAAGCCCACUGUUGUUUGGCAGAGGGAUGGUAUGCUAAUCACCGAAGGAGGCAGAUUUUCGAUUGCUAAUGACAACACUCUGGACAUUAAAGGAGCGAUAUCUCAAGACAGCUCAAAGUACACAUGUAUUGUUCAGAGUGAGUUCGGAAAAGACAGUACCUCCUCUAUUUUGCAGAUUAUAGAACAGUCCAAGCCAACUAUAAAUAUUCCUAAUGAGCCGACAACGAUAGAAGCUCAAGACUUUAGUUCAGUUACCUUAACUAUUGGGGAUAAUGUGACAGCACUUGCCAGUACAAACAUUACUAUAAAAUGUCAGGCCAGUGGCGCACCGAUACCGUUAGUCACGUGGUCAAAAGACAAGAAGAAACUUUCCAAUGGGGACAGACAUACGGUUCAGGUCAACGGCUCGUUGCUUUUAAUCAUUGGAAGCAAGAUAGAGGAUUCUGCUCGAUACACGUGCACUGCAGAGAGUGUUGCUGGUAAAGAAAGUGCAUCAAGCACGGUGCAGGUUGUUGAGCUAAGAAAACCAAUCAUAGAAGUCUCAGGAACCGGGAAAGAGAUUACUGUUGGUGAUGGCAGUCCAGUGACUAUGAAUAUUGGUGAUAACGUGACAGCAGCUUCAAACACCACCAUCACCAUUAGAUGUCCAGUUAGUGGUGUACCUACACCAGCUGUUACCUGGGAGAAAGACGGACUCACAGUGACAUCUGGAGAGAAGAUUGUUAUCGUCAAUGAGAACUUAUUGAUCAUCAGAGAGGCUAAAGGAAGAUUUGGUGGAAAAUACAUUUGCAACGUUAAAAACGGUUUCGGAGAAAAGAGCUUAUCCUCCAUCAUCAGAAUAUUGGGACCCUCCAAGCCCAAAAUAAUGACUCCUUUGACGCCAAAGACGAUAGAAACUCAAGACCGAAAACCUAUAACCAUAGUCAUCGGUGAUAACGUGACAGCACUUACCAGUACGAACAUCACCAUUCAGUGUCGUGCCAGUGGCGUUCCAGCGCCAACUGUCACGUGGAGUAAAGAUGGUAAGGCUCUAUACAGCAAAGGCAGAUACACAGUUAAGGAUGAUGGGUCAUUGGUGAUCACUGGUACUGGCCACGAGAACUCCUCUCGAUAUACGUGCACUGCAGAUAGUACUGCUGGUACAGAAAGCGCAUCAAGCACGGUCCGGAUUGUAGAUCCUAGAAAGCCUGUGAUUGAAAUCAACAAGACUUCUCAGGAGAUACCUGUUGGCGAUGGCAGUCCAGUGAUCAUAAACGUUAGUGAUAACGUGACUGCAGCUUUAAACACAACCAUUACCAUCAGGUGUCCAGUCAGUGGAAUACCAACACCAGCUGUUACCUGGGAGAAAGAUGGAGUUCUGAUCGUAGAAGGCGGCAGAUUUACAUUUAUGCCCUCUAACUACUCGUUGGUUAUCAGAGGAGCAAUCGUGGCUGAUAUCGCCAAGUACACUUGUCGUGUCCAAAAUUUCUUUGGAACGCACGAGUUAUCUUCUACAGUUACUUUAAUUGAGUCAGUGAGCCCUCAAAUAACAUCUUCUUUUGGGGAUGUAGCCUGGUUCAGUGAAAAACCCGUCAACAUUACUAUUGGACAACUUCUGGUCACGCUAGUCGAUACCGAGUUAUCCAUUCAUUGUGCCGUAAGAGGUAUUCCUAUACCAAAGGUAACCUGGGCCAGAGGAAAUCAGUCACUCCCCUCUGACGGGCGAAUGAAUGUUAAAAACGGUACUCUUCUCAUCGUAGAACUAGAGACUUCUGACAGCGGAAAGUAUACCUGCUCUGCAGAAAAUCCUGCAGGAAUAGCUUCAGAAUCUUCAAUCGUGACAGUUGUAGUUCCUACACCGCCAGAAAUAAUUCGAACAGGUAUUAAAGAUCUACAUUUUCUUGAGCCUAAAUCAGAAAAGGCAGUUGUUGGAAGCACAAUUCUCACAAUUAGUGGUAACAAUUUGUCACUAACAUGUGACGUGACGGGCUUCCCAACUCCUUCCAUUGGAUGGACGAAAGAUGGGGCUGUGCUAGGAGCAUAUGGAUCGGUCUUACGCCUUUUAUCUGUAGAAGUUGGCGACACUGGUGUUUAUACAUGCACGGCUACAAGUCCCAUAGGACAGGUCGACUCACAGAGUACAAACUUAACGGUGAUAGGUCUUCAAGUUCCCAAAAUAAUAACGAACAAUGCCAACGUUGAGUUGCUAAAGAUCACAAACGUGUCCGUCACCAUUGGAGGUAAGGUAACUACGCUGGAAAAAAAUAACGUGAGUAUCCUCUGCGUGGUUACCGGAGCUCCAGGUCCAGAAAUUACGUGGGAAAUAGACGAAGUUGAGGUUCGAAAAGGGGGAGCAUUUUACACAAUAGAGAGCGCUACUCCGAAGGAUAGUGGACGAUACACCUGUGUUGCCAAAAAUAUUGGUGGUAAAGUUAAAGCGACGACACAACUUCAAGUACUUGCCGGAAAGGCUCCUUCAAUUGAGUCCUUGAAUAGAAGUCUGGUCCACCUAAGAAUCGAUUUCUUCGCCAUAACAAUUGGAACUAACCUUACUACCCUGGCGAGCUCAGGUCUGGAAAUCAGUUGUCCUGCAAGUGGAUUUCCGAAGCCUUCCAUUCAGUGGUACAGAGAAGGUGUCCCUGUAGAACCUGGAAUGAUGCUUUAUGUGGACGAAGAUACAGGAACACUAUUCACACUCAGUAUAUCACAUCGGAAGGGAGGAAGAUUCUCUUGCAAAGCCAGCAAUGCAUUAGGAUCCGUGUACGCUUCGUCUUUCAUUGCUGUUCUUGUUCCUGGAGCUCCCCAGAUUAAUGUUUCACGUGUGACGGUACAAUCUCUGGACAGUCGAGAUCCUGCUUUUAUCACCAUUGGUCAAACACUGUAUGUCCUGAGUGGAACAAAUGUGUCCAUUAAAUGCCCUGUUAGUGGUAUACCUGAGCCAAUCGUUACCUGGAGUCGACAAGAUAAAAACUUAUACACGAGUGGCCGAGUCAUUGUCAAGGACUUGAUACUAAGUAUCCCACGUGUGACAAAUGCUGAUACUGGGAUUUACCUUUGCAAAGCGGUCAACCUUGCUGGAGAUGUUACAGCAAACUCCAAUGUGACUGUGCUUGGAACCUCCUCGCCAGUGAUCUCAAGAUUUAGCCAGCCCUUACGGAUCCUUAACAGUGGUUCAUUUACGGUAGAUGUUGGUUCAACUGUGACGACAGUGGCUGGUAACGGGUUAUUCUUAAGGUGUAACGCUACAGGUGUGCCCAUCCCCCAAAUUAUUUGGAGUAAGAACAGCAUUCCAUUAAAUGUUGAAGGCUCAUUGUACACACUACAGUCACUCACUGCUUUGGAUUUCGGAUCAUAUCAAUGCGUUGCCUCCAACAUAGAUGGAGCUGAUAAAGAAGACAUACAGAUUAUUGUCCUAGAUGGCAAUGCACCUAAAAUCACAAGCUCAGAGGAAAACAUUGUAGCAGUAAGCGGUGAAAAGCAACUAAAGAUAACGAUUGGUGGUAACGUAACGACUGUAAUCGGAAUAGACAUAGAGAUCUUAUGUCCAGUCAUGGCGUUGCCUAAUCCAACAAUCACGUGGUUGUUCAAUGGCUCGGCGAUCAAAGAGGCAAAUCCUCGCUUCAUAAAGGUCGAGAAAACGGUUUUGAGUCUUUUUGGUGUUUCAUCGGAGGACAUUGGUUGUUACACGUGUCAUGCCAAUAACACCUUUGGAAAAGACACCAAGACUACACUGUUGUCUCUGAUCAUUCCCGUGGAGCCAAAGAUCAUGUCUUCAAGUAAAGACCUCAAGGACUUUAAAUCUGUGAGUCACCAGCUUGUUAUCGGCGAUGAUUUGGAAACUCUCGAGGGAUCUACAGUGUACAUAAGCUGUCCAACUACAGGAAAUCCUCUCCCUGAAAUACAGUGGAAAACUUCUGGUGGUUUGAUCUCUAGUAGCGAAAGGUUACGGAUUGUCAACAGUACACUCAUAAUUUUGGAUGGUACCUGGUCUGACUCUGGGAUCUACUCAUGCAGAGCUACUAACGGUGCUGGAUCAGAUGAGAUAGCAUCUCAGGUUAAUUUUAUGGCACCCAAGAGGCCUUCCAUUAGAGGUGAUCCCAUUGAUAUCGAGUCGUUUGAUCGGCAACCUGUAACAGUGGCAGUAGGUGGAACCGUGAAGGUUUUGAUGAAGACAACCGUGAACAUCCAGUGCGUGGCUACGGGAAUUCCUGAACCUUCUUUCUAUUGGAAUAGCAGCAGUAAUGAUAUGCAACCAGCCAACAAAUUUGAUGUGAAUCAAGGUGGCCGUUUGUUGACGAUUCAUGAUGUUAACCCGAGAGACUCUGGGACUUACAUGUGCAAUGCUGUGAAUAAAGCUGGUGAGGAUUCUCGCGCGGCUGUGUUAGAAGUUAUUGAACCCUCUCUUCCAAAAAUAGCAACAUCCGACGCUUCUGUUUCGUGGUAUAACAGAAAGCCCAGAAUACUUCCUGUUGGCGGAAGAGUUGAAGUGCUCUCUGGAACGGAAGUGACCUUAACUUGUAAAUACUCGGCUUUUCCCGAAGCAGUUGUCAAGUGGAUUGUUCUGGAUGUAGAAGGUGAUCCUUUACCAGACGUUGGAUAUAAGGUCAUUAACGGUUCACUUGAACUGAUGGCGUUACAGCCCUCUGAUUCAGCUCAGUAUGUUUGCUCCGUGGAAAACCUAGCAGGAACGGCAUCCGCAUCAACAAUCCUCAAAGUCAUUGAUCCUCAACCACCAUCGAUAAGCUCGUCCCAAGACAGUGUCGUUUCUUUAUCUGAUCGUCUUCCCAUAGAAGCUAUCGCUGGUAAUGUCGUCACCGUUCUGUUUGGCACCAAUAUUACAGUCACUUGCUCUGCUGACGGGGUGCCCACUCCGUCAGUAGCUUGGAGCAGAGAAGAGAAGCUAAUUCCUACGACACAGUCUGGUAUUCUCAGAAUUGAAAAUUCCACUGCAGAAGAUACGGGAGAUUAUCUCUGUACUGCCAUGAGUGAAGUUGGUGUCGAUCAGGAGUCUACGAAAAUCACAGUCAUUGAACCAAGAGAGCCUAGUAUUCGUCCACCUGAAGGCGACAAAAUCCCUCUUACCAACGCCACCCUUGUGAAGGUUACUGUAGGAAGUGACGUUACAGUACUAACACUGUCUCGAGUCAAUAUCACGUGUGUUGUAAGCGGUAUACCAAAACCAAGUAUUACGUGGCUAAGAGAUGGAGAACAAUUGGAUACUGAGGAAGGCAGCUUUUUGGUGUUGAGCAUUCAGGAUGUGAGAGAUGCUGGGAAGAUCACAUGUCAGGCCGAGAAUAUGGCAGGAAAAGCAGCGUUAAGUACCAUUAUGAACGUGAUAGAACCAGAGAGUCCACGUAUUACAUCUGGUACAAGAACAAUCGAUGCGCUAAAUAAGAGAAGAGCUGUAACGGGAUUUGUAGGUGUAACUGUGAAAAUAUUCACAGCAACAUCCCUGACUCUGAAAUGUCACACUGAAGGAUCCCCCGAGCCGACUGUAUCGUGGAGUAAGAAUGGCCAACUAGUUGAAUCCAAGGGUAGAAUUUCCAUAUCUGAUGUUGGUACAAUAACCAUAAAGAACACUCGGACACAUGACACCGGACGCUACAGAUGCUUAGCAAGGAAUACUAUCGGAGAGGCUUCUGUGGCCUCUUCUAUAUAUGUUCGAGCUCCCAUGGCUCCUAGGAUAACAAAAUCAAACGCCUACAUCAUUUGGUACGAGAGCCAACCAUUUAAAGCAAAAGUUGGAGACAAUUUGACAACUUUGAAAGGAAGGAGAUUAACCCUGACUUGCCCUGCCAUCGGAGUCCCAAAACCGGCUGUGUCUUGGUACAGAGGUGGGAUAAAAAUGAAGAGCGGUAAAAACUAUCUUGUGAUUGGUCAGACGUUGAUCAUGUACAGACUCGAUCCUAUGGACACAGAUCGCUACACCUGCGUGGCAAGGAACUUCGCGGGGGUCAAAACUGCCACCAGUACACUGAAAGUUCACGAACCGAUGGCACCUGAUAUAAUGUCAUCUUAUGGCAGUGCAGAAUCUCUGCAGGACCGCAGACAUUUUAAUUUUACGAUUGGAACAGAUGUGGCUGUUUUACAAGGAAGUCCAAUGACCAUCAAGUGUCCAGUAAUUGGCGUACCAGAACCAAAAAUUGGUUGGAUAAAAGAUGGCAAGAUGUUGAGUUCUAAUGAUCGCAUGGUUAUGGACUGCCUUGGUACUCUAAAAAUUUACAAGCUUGAGCUUGAAGACUCUGGGGACUAUGUCUGUUCCGCUCAAAGCUUCCUGGGAAUGGAUAUUGCAUUUAGCGCUGUAACGGUUAUUGAGGCCGUCAAACCGACAGUUGAUAUCUCCAAUAGGGCGUACAUCAGUAGCGGAGAGCUUGUAGACAUGCUAGUCGGAGACAACCUUACAGCUAUACUCACCACUCCUGUCAACAUCAACUGCACAGCUUCAGGAUUCCCUGAGCCAAGCAUGACUUGGGAAAUGAACGGACAACAACUGGGUAAUGGUGGAAACUACAACACUGACAACAACGGAGCCCUUAUCAUCAGAGGAGUCCAAGAUCCUGGAGAGUUCACAUGUGUUGCACAGAACUUUGUUGGCCAGGACGGUGCAUCAAGCUUUAUUUCUCUGUUAGAUCCCAAGAGGCCUGUGAUAAACAGCUCUGACGAGCCAAAGGCGAUAGAAUCUAUGGACCAAAAUCCCAUCGCCAUGACUGUUGGAAACAACGUGACAGCGCUUACUAAGACAAGUGUUACCAUUCAGUGUAACGCUAGCGGCAUACCACCACCAGUUGUCACUUGGACAAAAGAUGGUCAGAAAAUUAGCAGUGGAGAUAAAUACUCAAUUCACGAUAAUGGAUCACUUUUCAUCCGCGAACCUGAUGAAUCAGGCGCUGCGCAAUACACAUGCACUGCAGAAAAUGAUUUUGGUAAAGUUAGUGCGUCUAGCUCAGUGCAGAUAGUAGAACCUGUGAAACCAGUAAUAGAAGUUCAAAGACCUGGACGAGUGAUUCCUGUUGGUGAUGGCAGUCCAGUGACUAUAAACGUUGGUGAUAACGUGACGGCCCCUUCAAACACAACCUUAACCAUCAGGUGUCCAGUUAGUGGAAUACCAAAACCAGUUGUUUCUUGGGAAAGAGACGGCGUGCAGGUUACUCCGGAAGGGAGGGGGUCAAUUAGCAGUGGUAACAGUCUGGUAAUUAAAGGAGCAACUGUUGAUGACAGCGCUAAUUAUAAGUGUAGCGUCCAAAGCAUUGCUGGAACGGACAGUGUUUCCUCAACUGUCAGCAUAGUAGAGCCUAAAAAACCGGUUAUUGAAGGGUCUGAAACUGGUGAAAAGAUUCCAAUUGGCGAUGGCAGUCCAGUGACUUUAAACGUUGGUGAUAACGUGACAGCAGCUUCAAACACCUCAAUCACCAUAAGGUGUCCAGUUAGUGGAAUACCGACACCAACGGUUACCUGGGAGAAAGAUGGAGUGGAAAUUAUCCCUGGCGAUGACAUCAAGAUCACACGGAAUAACACUUUGGUGAUUGUGGCGGCAAAGUUCGAAGAUAACGCUCAGUAUACUUGCCGUGCUCAUGGUCUGACUGGCACCGACAGUGCCUCUUCAACAAUUAAAAUUGUUGAGCCUUUGAGGCCUACAAUAGAAAGCCCUGACCAGCCGAAGACGAUCGAGUCUACAGACCAAAGUGCCAUUGUAAUGACCGUUGGUGACAACGUGACAGCACUUUCUAAUACAAACGUUACCAUUCAAUGCAACGCCAGUGGAAUACCAGUACCAACUGUCACGUGGGCAAAGGAUGACAAGAAAAUUUUAGGGGAAGACAGAUACGACGUUCAGGAUGAUGGCUCUUUGCUUAUAAAGGAUAGCAACAAAGAAGAUACUGCACGAUACACAUGCACUGUAGAGAGUGUUGCUGGCAAGGAAAGCGCAUCAAGCACAGUGCAAAUCAUUGAUUUGAAGAAGCCAUUAAUCCUAGUUCCAAUUCCGGGUCCGAAAAUAUCAAUUGGAAACGGUAACCCAGUGAUUACAACAGUCGGUAGUCAAAUCACCGAGAUUGCUUUUGUUGAAAUCUCCCUGACUUGUCCCACACAAGGAUCGCCUCCUCCAAAAGUAACCUGGAAAAAAGACGGCAAAGAGUUAGUAUCUGGUAAUGGAUAUGUCAUUGAUGAUAAAGGCACUCUCACAGUACUGGAGGCUCUCACGAAAGAUUCAGGCAGAUAUACUUGUUUGGCGCAGAACGCUGCCGGUAAAGAGGAAGUGACAUCACCCAUUGAUGUUCUAGAACCUGUGGAACCCAUUAUCGUGCCCUCACAGGGCGUUGACAUUUCAGAUGACCACAGCCAAGUCACCACAGGAGUAGGUACAAAGAUUGAUACUAUCAAUGGUACCACAGUUGUGAUAACAUGCAAUGUUAAGGGUGUUCCGAGACCCACGGUGAGUUGGUUUAAGGAUGGUCAGAGCAUAUCUUCACACGACAGGGUAGUAUUGGCUUCAAACGGAACGCUUAUUAUCCGGCACUCUACAUCUGAGGACAGCGGUAAUUACACGUGCACUGCCAGCAGUCGGUCAGGGAAUGAUAGCGCCACAUCUCCUGUAAGAGUCCUAGUUACAAGGAAGCCCGCGAUAGAGCGUUCAGUUGAAGAUGUGUUCUGGGAAUCAUACAGUCCCUUGAUGGUCGCUGUGGGUAAUAAGGUUGAGAUCAUUAGUGGUUCGUCUGUUACCUUGGUAUGUAAAUCCAACGGUAUUCCCCCACCUUCUUUGAGGUGGACACGUGGUAUCGAGGCUUCACUAGUUGAUGAGAAAUAUAACAUCGAGGAAGAAACAUUGACCAUUAGUAACAUUCAGAUCGGAGACGCUGAUAAUUACACUUGUACGGCGACAAACACAGCAGGGAAGGAUGCAGCCACAACUGAACUGCUCGUCUUAGAACGUGGAGAACCAGUCAUUCUAUCAAACAAGACAAAUUUAGUCGACGUUAACAACAAUAAACCUGUCGUUGUUUCUGUCGGCGCCAACAUGACGACCAUUAUCAACGCUACGGUCAUCAUGAAGUGUGUCACAGAAGGCUUACCCACACCUACUAUCACUUGGAACCACAAUGGGCGGCUUUUAACUACUGGGGACAGGUACCAAGCGAAUCAGACGGUUUUGAUGAUUGAAAAUGUUCAGCUGAGUGACGCAGGCCGGUAUGACUGUACAGCAACCAAUAGGUUCGGUCGCGAUGAUGAGUCACUUUUACUGACUAUCACAGUUCCGCCGUUGAUCAGCAAUGUGAAAGGCUCCUUUGAGAUAACCGACAUCAGAGAGCUUAUCUCCAUAACAACGGGAGCAGUGGUAACCAUUCCAAGAGGUGUGGCUGUUAGAAUAAAGUGCUUGGCAACGGGGAUUCCACAACCAAAAAUAACUUGGUAUAAACGAGACCAAAAUCACAAAGAAAGAACGCCAGUGGUAACCAAUGCAAAUUUGGAAAUACUGAAAGACAAUUCGCUUUCCAUAAAACACACUUUAGUGGUUAAUGCUGCGUUCUACACUUGUAUUGCGACUAAUGUCGCUGGACAAGAUGAAGGAACAACCCACUUGAACAUUGGAACACCUCCAGAGGUCCCAAGUUAUUGGCAAGGAAUAAAAUCUCGAUUUAACGACCGCGCUAGACAUCUGAAAGCUGUAGGUGCAUCUGCUACGAUAGUGAAAGGAGCAACUUUAAACAUUAGAUGCGCUGCUGUGGGAACACCAAAACCCACUAUCAAGUGGAUUGUGGCGACCUCAGGCCGGCAGAAUCGAUAUACUGUCUUGCAUGACGGUACAUUGGAGGUACCUAACGCCGACCUUACGGAUGAAGGAAACUAUACUUGCAUUGCAAACAACUCAUAUGGCACUCUAAAUAGGACCACAACCGUAAGCAUUUUAGUUCCACCCCAAAUCCUUGAGCGUCAUUUCCGGCAUCUUUACGAUAAGAAGGGAAUCGAAGGUUAUGCAAUGGCUCAUAUGGAAGUUAAAGGAAGGACAGUAUCUUCGCUAACAGUGAAACAAGGUUACAAUCUAGUGUUAAUAUGUACUGUGAGUGGAAAACCCAAACCUCACGUAACGUGGACAAGGAAUAGAGUUUUGAUCAAGAAUGACACUCGACAUUUAUUGUUACCGAAUGGAGUCCUGUUGGUCCGUCGUAUUCUUGUUAGGGAGUCUGGUCAAUACAAAUGUGUUGCAACCAAUGUAGUCGGGAAAGAUCAAGGAACUGUGCAGCUCACUGUUAGAGAUCAAGGCAAAGGGUAUUGGAAAGCUACAGAGUGGAGUCAAUGUGGCAAUUGUGAGUCGCAUCGCCGUGGCUGGCAAGAAAGACAUAUCAGUUGCAUUGGUCCUGGGAAUGUGGUCGCAAGUGACGUCCAUUGCAUUCACAAGCCUAAACCAAUCAAACGCCGUAAAUGUACUCACGAGGACUGUGAAGUGAUGUGGUCGCCGUCAGCUUGGUCAGCGUGUUCUCGUAGUUGUGGUUUACAUGGAAUCAAGCUACGUAAUGCUCAAUGCGUAUUCGUUAAAAGCUUAAACCCAGCUACAGGUCAAUGUUACUGGCAGGAAAAACCCACCCUGCAGGAAUCUUGUAACAGGAAGUCUUGUACAAAAGCUAAUUGCGUCGACAAGGUCAAAUACUGCGAAAAGGUCAAGAUAAUGAGAAUGUGCUCGGUGUACUCUCUCUGGUGCUGCAACACAUGCCACUCCUGAAUAAGCGCGCAAUGAUAGAAUUAUCCUUAAAAAAUUUGCCCAGUUGAAUACUCUAUUUAUUUAAACGAAACCCAUAAGAGUAAUUUUACUAUUGUUACUUUACUUACUUGGAAGCCGUUGAAAGCCUUGAUUAAUGCAGACACAGUUUCAAGGUAAUACAGGCAAUGUUUGAGGUACAGGGAGUGAUCUCGCGAACUCAAACUAAUUUGUCAAAUGUUCAGAUUUUCAUUUUCUCAAUUUAUUUGUCUUUGUUUAUAAAUCUACCUUCAAGAAUAAAACUCGUGGAGAUUUCUGAAAAGAUGCUUAAAUAUCGACGAAGCUUAUUCUAGUAUAAAGAGGACAUAGGCAUUACGUGACAUGUCCAUUAUAAAUAGAGGGAUGCCGAUAUUUUUAAAAAAUAAAAUUUGUUUCCAUUUCUCAAUGAA